UCUAUUUUUGUAUAUUAUUUGUAAUUUGUAGUGUUUGACGUCUGUACCUUGUUGAAAAUUUAAAUUCUUAAACUUACGGAAUACCAAUCUCUGAACAAAGAUUAGUAAUACAAUUAUAAUUUUUUUAAAAAUGCGUUGUUGUGUAUGUUCAAAUAAGACUUCUAAAACUUCUAAAAUAAGUUUGUUUGGUAUACCAAAAACUGAUACUUUAAAAUCUGAAUGGAAAAAGGCCUUAGGUGUUCGUCUUACAGCUAGUUCAAAAGUUUGCCGUGACCAUUUCAAAGAGGAAGACAUAAUUGAUACCUGGGUUUCUGGACAAGGAUUAAACAAAUACACUAUUUCUCUAAAAAGACCAAAACUUCGUAAUGGCGCGAUUCCUAUCAAUUUGAGGUCAUUUUGUACUGAUUCAUCAGUGUCUCAAAAUUUUGAAUCAAGUGUUGUACAAGUUAAAUCACCAAAUGAGGUUUUAAUUUCAAACAUAAACAAUGAACAUUGUUAUUACAAAGUUAAUGUUAAUAUAACUGACGAUACAUCAUCAUUAAAUGAUUAUACAUUAAUGCCAUCUUCACCAGAAAUAAUAGAAGUAAAACAAAUUACAUAUUUUAAAGAAAUUGUAGAUCAAGUAAAUGUAUCCAAUAUUCCUAAAAAAUGGUUUUAUGAUUAUGAAUGUGCAACCAAAAAACAUAAAAGCAUAAGUUUUCAUAAAUUGGGACCAGUCAGAGAUGAUUUUACUAGGAGUAUAGAAAAACGAUUAAUUUUCACUGAAGAUUUACAAUUAUUGCUUUUUGUUUAUAACAAGAAAAUCAAUAUAUCUGACAUAGGAUACAUUUCUGAAGUGAAUACUGUGUAUACAUAUGCAAAUUUAUUAAGUAUAAUUAAACAAUUUGAUGAAACUCUAGUAUGUCAAGGUGCAAUACCCUCAAACACAAUAAAUGAUAUUAAUUCUUCGUACGGCUACCAAUUUGUUGAAUCGUAUGGAGUGUGGAGACAUGUAAAAUGCUGCACAAUUCUAACAAACGAUUAUUCCAAAAAUCGUAAUAUGUGUGUUUGGUGUAGACGUUUGUGGUAUAUAAUAAAAAAUAGAAGGUUACGUAUGAAAAAUAACUUAACAACUCGGGUAUUCUUUUCUCCAAUGCAACAAAAGAAAUAUCAACAAAUUAAAAGUCAAAAACUUUUAAUGAAACAAAAAUAUUCUAGAGCAACAAAAAGAAUUAUUUUCCUUCAAAAUAAGUUGAACGAAAUAAAAACAAAAGUCAAAGAAAUCUCUGGAUCUAAACUCAAAGAGUUUUCAGAUCUAGAUUUUAAAAUAUUAUGAUCAAUUUAUUAUGAUUCUGAACUGAUGUGUAUCAGAGGAAUAAUUUUGAUUGUUAAAUUGUGCUACAAAAUUUAACUGUUGCC